AUGGAUGCCCUCAUCGCCAAGGCGGACGCGAUCCGCCCUCUCUCCAAAAAGCGCAAGGCCGGCGCACCUGCCGCGCGCCCAAACCCCAAAGCCGGGCCCUCCACCACGAAGAAGCCCGAGGACGACGCAACAGCGGUCUCGGUCUCCGCGCAUGCCCUCCUGCCGCGCUCCCUGCGCCCUUCGUCGCCCCCGCCAGACGAGGCGAAAAAGUACGGGCAUAUCCAAAACAAGCGCCUUCGCACCCAGCUCUCGCGCCAGUCCGCGCAGAAUGCCCGCAAUAGGCGGCUUGCCAAGGACACAGACCUGCUCCUCAUGGAGGACGCCGGCGCGCUGCAGGUUGAGACGGAGAUCGAGAAGACAUGGAGGGUGGGCCAGAGCGAUAUCGAGAAGGUCGCGGGGGAGCAGGCCUCGCGCGGGCGGCAGGAGUGGAAGUUGGACGGGGGGCCGUACUGCACGAGGUAUACACGGAACGGAAGGCACAUCGCGCUUGUGGGCAAGAAGGGUCAUGUCGCCACCUUCGAUUGGCAAGCGGGCACCCUCCAUACAGAGCUUCAGCUCCGGGAAACAUGCCGCGAUAUCACUUUCCUUCAGGACCACUCGCACUUUGCGGUAGCCCAGAAGCAGUAUGUCUUUAUCUACGACCGCGACGGCGUAGAGCUCCACAAACUCAAGUCCCACAUCGAGCCCACUCGGCUCGAGUUCCUACCUUAUCACUGGUUGCUGGCCAGUGUGGGAAAUGCCGGGUAUCUGAAGUACCAAGACACCUCCACCGGCCAGCUGGUCGUCGAGCACCGCACAAAACUCGGGGCCUGCCACACCAUGUGCCAGAACCCGCACAACGCGGUCAUCCACCUCGGCCACCAGAACGGCACCGUCACCCUCUGGACACCGAACCUCCCCCACCCCGCCGUCCGGCUCCUCGCGCACCUCGGACCCGUUGCGAGCGUGUCCGUUGACCCGAGCUCGGGCGGGCGGUACAUGGCGAGCGCGGGCCAGGACGGCACUGUCAAGGUCUGGGACUGCAGGAGCUGGAAGGGCGCGGUGCGCACGUGGAACCCGCGCGGAGGGUCCGCGAUUCUGGAAUGGAGCCAAAGGGGUGCGCUGGGCGUUGCGACUGGAGGCAGCGUGAACGUCUACAUGAAGCCGGCCAUCCAGAACCCCUUCCCCGGUGUCGUCGCACCCCCGCUGUACCUGACCCACCCCGUCCCGCACCGCCCGCUCACCUCCGUCCGCUUCUGCCCCUUCCAGGACGUCCUCACGAUCGGCCACCAGGCCGGCGUGUCCGGCAUCCUCGUCCCCGGCGUCGGCGAGCCCAACUUUGACAGCUCCGAGGCGGACCCGUUCGAGAACAAGAAGGCGCGGCGCGAGCGCGAGGUCAAGGGCCUCCUCGACAAGAUCCAGCCGGACGCGAUCGCGCUCGACCCGGACUUCGUCGGCAGCCUCGCGCCGCCGCCGAAGCUCAGCACCGCCGUCGACGGUGCGCACGACGUCCCCUUCGCGCGGCUCCCGCGGCACGAGCGGCUGCGCGUCAUGGGCAAGGCCGACGAGACGGAGGAGGCCGACGGCGGCGCGGACGACGGCGACAACGAGGACGGCGACGGAGAGGGCAAGGCGCGGCCGCUGACGAAGGCGGAGAAGGAGAAGCGGAAGAUGCGGGGGAAGAACAAGAGCCUGAAGCGGUACCUCCGCAAGCAACGGAAGAACGUGAUCGACCCGCGGGCGGUCGCGGUGCGGACGAGGCUCGAGCGGGAGAGGGCGGAGAGGCGGAAGGCGAGGGCGGUCGAGAAGGGCGAGGAGGAGCCGCGGAAGCCGUCUGCGCUGGACCGCUUCAAGCGGCCAAGUUAG